AUGAGCAGCAUGAAAAGAGGUAAUAGGACCACAGUGUCUGAAUUUCUGCUUCUGGGACUCCCGAUACCUCCAGAACAUCAGGCUUUGUUCUUCAUUUUAUUCCUGAGCAUGUACCUGGCCACGGUGCUGGGGAACCUGCUCAUCAUCCUGCUCAUCCGGAUGGACUCUCGUCUCCACACCCCCAUGUACUUCUUCCUCAGCCACUUGGCUCUUACUGACAUAUGCUACUCAUCUGUCAAUGUGCCCAAAAUGUUGAUGGACAUGCAGAGCAUUCAUAAGUCCAUCCCCUAUGCAGGGUGCGUGUCACAGAUGUAUUUUUACAUAUGGUUUGCUUGUGUCGAAAACUUUCUUCUUACAUUGAUGGCCUAUGACAGGUAUGUGGCCAUCUGUCAGCCUCUCCACUAUGCCACUAUCAUGAGGCAAGAGAAAUGUGUCUCAUUAGUUUCUGCAUCCUGGAUCUACUGUUCUCUCCGCUCUCUGUUGCACACCCUCCUUUUCGUUCAAGUGUCCUUUUGUGAUGACAUUACCAUCCCCCACUUCUUCUGUGAACUCCCAGUUCUCUUGAAGAUGAGCUGCUCAGAUAUCUCAGUCAAUGAAUGGGUUCUCUACAUUGAGACUGGAAUAAUUGCUUUCUUGCCUUUUGUCACUAUUGUGGGCUCUUAUAUUCGUAUAUGGGCCACUGUGCUGAAGGAUCCUUCUGCUAAGAAAUUCUUCAAAGUCCUUUCUACCUGUGGUUCCCAUCUCCUUGUUGUGUGUUUAUUCUAUGGUACAAUUGCAGAAGUGUACUUUUUCUCCUCACCAUCCAUCUCCAGUAAUAAAGACAUAGCUGCUUCUGUGAUGUAUAUGAUAGUCACCCCCAUGCUGAACCCUUUCAUCUACAGCUUGAGAAACAGAGACAUUAAACAGGCCCUAAAGUUAUUUGUUAACAGAAUGAAGUCUUGUAGCUCCAAUAACUUAAUAUGA